GGGCGGUGCUGCGCGGCGUCACGCGGCGGGGGGGGGGGGAGCGGGCAGGUGACACCGCGGCGGCCUCCUCCCCUUUUACAGCUCAGUCGGCGGCAGGGGCAGCAGGGGCCGCUGUGAGGAGCUCUGCGCUCGCGCCGCCGCCCGCUGCCGCCGCCCGCCACCGCCCUCUGCUCCCGCGUGUCGGCAGCUUCGGCUCCUCUCGUCGCGGAACCCAUUGUAAGAGCCAGUAAAUCCUGUGGAAAAUGGCCUUCAGUGAUCUUACAUCAAGGACCGUGCGUCUGUAUGAUAGUUGGCUCAAAGAUGCUGAUCCAAGAGUCGAAGACUGGUUCCUCAUGUCCUCACCUCUGCCACAAACCAUCGUCCUGGGACUCUAUGUCUAUUUUGUCACUUCUCUAGGACCAAAGCUCAUGGAGAAUCGAAAGCCCUUUGAACUCAAGAAAGUGAUGAUAACAUACAAUUUUUCCAUAGUUCUCUUUUCUGUGUAUAUGUGUUAUGAGUUUGUGAUGUCUGGCUGGGGUACAGGUUAUUCACUUCAGUGCGAAGUUGUUGACUACUCCCAGUCACCUUCAGCAUUGAGGAUGGCACGCACCUGCUGGCUUUAUUACUUCUCUAAAUUUAUUGAGCUGUUAGAUACUAUCUUUUUUGUUCUGCGUAAGAAAAAUAGCCAAGUGACUUUCCUGCAUGUCUUCCAUCAUACCAUCAUGCCAUGGACCUGGUGGUUUGGAGUCAAAUUUGCCGCAGGUGGUUUGGGAACGUUCCAUGCCUUUCUAAAUACAGCCGUACAUGUAGUCAUGUAUUCCUACUAUGGGCUCUCUGCACUGGGACCAGCCUUCCAGAAGUAUCUAUGGUGGAAAAAAUAUUUGACAUCAUUACAGCUUGUCCAAUUCAUUAUUAUCACCAUCCACAUAGGCCAGUUCUUUUUCAUGGAAGAUUGCAAGUACCAGUUUCCAGUCUUUCUGUACAUCAUCAUGAGUUAUGGGUGCAUCUUUCUGCUGCUCUUUCUCCAUUUUUGGUACCGUGCUUACACCAAAGGCCAGAGGCUGCCCAAAACUGUGAAAAAUGGAAUCUGCAAAAGCAAAGAUCACUGAAAUGCAAGCACGACAUGAAUCUAUGAAUGAGACUGGUACCUUACUAUCCUUGACAAUCAAGAGCUUUAUCCAUGUGAAGUGCAUUUUGUAUAUUUUUCAAAACCAAGAGCUUGUAUUUUUAUGAUAAGUUAUUGGGGUUUCUGAUAUUUGAGAGCCCAAGGUCCCAGAUAACAGAGUCUAAUUAGAGCCUAAAGCAGGUAGUUUUUCAGCUGCUUUUAAACCUAAUCUAAAUGUUUUAUUUAAUGCAUUUUGUUAUGGUGAAAGGAGGAUAUGAAACAGUAUAGUACUUUUCAAAGAAGUCCAGUAUAGAUGAAAAUAUCAUCAGAUAUUUUGAUUGUGGACAGAGAUCCAUGCCCUACUAUAGAUUUCUUCUGCCAGUUCUAAAAACCUCUAACUGGGAGUGUUGGCUGUUGAUUAUAUUCAGAAGACACUGUAUUUACUCUAAAGUUAAAUUCCUAUCCUAAAGAGCUAACACUGAUGAAUAUUAAGUGAAUUUUUGGUAAGUUGUCAUUUAACAUCGCUAACAGUAAUUUUUAAUGGAUCUUUUGUGUAGCCACCACCAGUUUCACUGAUAAGACUUCCCUACAACACUUUUGUCGUAUAUACUGUUUAAAAGUAACAAUUCUUUCGGUUAGUACCUUGAUGCACUUAACACUAAAGUUAAGUUAAUAUUUUGAAAACAAGAGGAUUUGUUCUGUAGCUUAAGGAGCACUGUGCUAUUACUAUUUUGCAGUUAACUUUGUGUAUUUCUGGAAAGAGGUGAAAUUUGUCAAUGGAAUAAGUACUCUGUAGUUCAGUGGGGAAAAUCUGUUGUUGUAUUAUAAUGUCACUUUCUCAUAUUGUUACGGCUUAAAGGAUUAUCUUGUUAAUAUGUAUUGGUUACAUAUGUAAACAUUCAAAUCCUUAGCACAAUGCAGGUACCCUUAAAUCAUAAAUAAUUUCAGACCUCCCACUAUACACAGUUUCCAGAGAUGAGUUGUUUGUGAAGCAACUGGAGGAAAAUGGUUGCACAGAAAUUCUCUAGGGAUUAUCUAUGAUUAUGGUAAGGGCCUCAAUAAAGACAGAAAGAGAGAGCCUGUUUAAUAGUUGGUAUAGAUACACUGCAUAGAAAAAUGUUUCCCAGAGUUAUGAAUUAAUCAAUAGCCUGGAUUUCUUUUUUCAAACCUAUAAAUUAUAUAAUGAAGACUUGAAAUUCAUUUUGCCUACUUUUGUUUUUUCACAAUUACUGCUUUCUAAAAUUCUCUUGUUUUCCUAUUUUCUUGUUGGCAAACUGAAACUACUGGUCAAUAGACUUUUGUGUCAGAAACAAUGAUAUUUGGACAUUUCUGAAUUUUUCCCUAUUGGUUUUUCCUUCUUGUUAUAUUUAUACUUGAUUUUGAAGGACUGCUUAUGCCUAUAUGACUUUAAACAAUUAAUACUUAUGGGUCUCAGUUAUGUAACACACAGUGAUAGCAUUGUCCAUCAGAGCCUGAGUUUUUCCUCACUGUGAAUUCUUAUAGUUCGAUGUGUCACGCCAGGUAUUUAAUCUAUACCAUGGCCUUCUCUCUCACACUUACCAGAUUUAUAAGGUUAUUUGCUUUUAAGUGACCUUUACUGAUUUCACUUGCUUACAAUAUGAGAAGAUAAGAGUUGAUAAAUGGGGGAAAUAUUUAUUUUCCUCAAAAACAAAACCAAACAAACAAAAA